CGCACUUUUCAUCUACCUGCUGCCCACUCCUCUCCCACGUCUUGAUUGGCCGUCUUGGCCGAAAUCCUCUUGAAUGAUUUCAAACCCGAGUGUUUGGACAAGGAGGAGGGGGGUCCGCUGCUAAUUCCGAGCUGACUGGGUGGAAAGGCUUGAAUCCUCCGUCCACCGACGUACCACCUAAGUAGAAGAGGCUUAUCCGAGGAGCGUUGCUGACUAUAGACGCGUUCAAGAGGGCACCGCCGGUAAAAAGAAAAAGAAAAGUGGGCUUUCAUAGCAUAGGUGUCGUGUUUACUCGACCGUUCGCCAUAUUCGCGUAGAAUUAAGAUCAAAAUUUCAGUUUGUUGCGUUUUUCCGUUUCCCAUCAUUUGAAUGGAGCGAUGUCCAGCGGAGACGGCGCACAUUGUGAUGGGACGCGGUGUGUUGUGCUGACAGGACUCGGCGGCAGGGACCAGGACCUGAUUGAAAAUCACUGGUAAUCAUUUUAAAAUCAUGUGUUUUCGUUGCUGACGGAAUGUGAAUACCAGCAGUUGUUUCCGAGAUUCAUAAAGGAUUUUCCUUUCAAAGAUUAGUGAGGGCAUUCAGUUCGUGCUGGGGUUGCCAUAGCAUCACAUUAAUAGUUUCCCUUUCAUUAUCGGCCUGUUGAAAAGGAGGGCAUAACGAUACUUUGAUGUUUUGGACCAUGUAUUCAUUUUUCAACAUAAUUCCGCAAUUGAGGGUUUGUUAAAUGAGUUUUGAGAGUUAAUUUUUAGCCACCUUUUUAAACGAACUGAGACUCAUAGCCAAGAUAGUCAUGGCUAAAAAUCCGUCCGAGGGACAGAAGGAUGACCUGAGCCAGCUGACGGACGAGGAGCUGCUGCGGACCAGCAAAGAGGAGCUGGUCAGGAGAUUAAGGAAGGUUGACAGUGAGAAAAUGAACUUGAUGAUCGAGCAUGGAAACAUGAUGAAAGACAUCAACCGGAGGCUGCAGGUGCACCUGCACGAAAUCAGGAACCUGAAGGAGAUUAACCAGAAGCUGCAGGACGACAACCAUGAGCUCCGGGAGCUUUGCUGCUUCCUGGACGACGACCGACAGAAGGGCAAAAAGCUGUCCCGAGAGUGGCAGCGCUUUGGCCGCUACACUGCCAGUGCCAUGUGGAAGGAGGUGGGCGCCUACAUGAUGAAGCUGAAGGAGCUGGAGGCCAACCAGGAGACUGUGUUGAGGGAGAACUCUGAGCUGAAGGAGAUCAUCCUCAUGUUGGAUGAGGAGAGGAACGGAGCAGGGUCCAGGAGCUCCAUAGACAGUCAGUCCAGUUUGACCAACCUGAAUGGGGGCACCAGCACGGUCAGGGAUGUUGGGGACGGGAGUAGCACAUCUAGCACAGGUAGUGCUGGGAGCCCCGAUCACCACAAUCACAACCACAUACACAUACACAAGACCUCAGAGAACAGUAAGAUGGGCCCCACCAUGAGGAGGUCCAUGGAUGACCUGUCAGCACCGCACCACCACAGGAGCAUCCCAAAUGGACUUAAUGAUUCCUCCUCCAACUACAUCAGGCAACUGGAGACGAAAGUGCGGAUCCUGGAGGACGAUAACAAUAAGCUUCUCUCACAGGCUUAUAGCCGGUAUAGCUUAUCACAGAUACAGACGAAAAAGCAGUGUAACCCAGGUGACCUUCGUGCCCUGAGGAAGGGAAUGACCCUCUACCACUCAGAGUCCCAGCUGUCCUCGCUGCCCCAGCGCCAGGACGCCAUGCACAUGGGUACGGGUCGUCUCCCAACCAGCGAGUCCUCUCCCGCCACAGGCUACCUGUCCUGCGUCCAGAAGCCUGAGGCCGUGGUGCACGCCAUGAAGGUGCUGGAGGUCCACGAGAACCUGGACAAGCAGGUUCCUGAGGACUACGAGGAUGAUCUCAGUGAGAAAGAGAAGGCCAUUGUGCGAGAGAUGUGCAACGUGGUGUGGAGAAAGCUGGGUGAUGCAGCAGGAUCAAAGCUGUCCAUCAGACAGCACCUCUCUGGGAACCAGUUCAAAGGGCCGCUGUAGCAUGGCAACCAGCGAGAGAUGGAGAGAAAGAGAGAGAGAGAGAGAGAUCAGGAUCUACAGUACCUGCACUCACCUGAAAACACCUCUUACAACCUGCGCCUACACGACCCAUCAUGCCGUGCUCCCUGCUGCCUACAGCACCUAGCAUUCCUUCAGCAAACACUCUCUCAAGACUGGCUGACGUAGCCACUAAAUGGACCUGUUAGUCUGUUAUUCACAUGUACAACUUUACGUGUACAACAUGUUUUUAUCUCUCCGAGCUUAUGUUGACAACUGGCAGCUAGUUUCACUGAUUCGCCACUCUUCUUUGCUGGUUUGGAGGCGUCCGGCUACACAAUGAUCUCUCUCUGUAAACAAACAAACAAACACACACACACACACACACACACACACACACACACACACACACACACACACACACACACACACACACACACACACACACACACACACACACCACUUAUAGUCCUUCAGAGCAUA